AUGGGUCGCGCACGUCGGGCCUCGGGCGGACCAUGGGCGUGUGUCGAAGCAAGAUCGGGGUUGCGGGUCUAUCGACACGCGACCAGCCGAAUCGUCACGGGCUGUUCGAACAUCGCUCAGGGGUCGCUCACGGGCUACGCAUGGGCUUUCCGCUCGUUCUGCUCAUGGGUCAUUCGUGCGCUGCUUCCGGGCAGCCCCUUCAGCAGCAGCAGCAGCAGCAGCGCAUACACCGGACUAGCCAACAUCAUCAAGCUCCUUCCGACGGGGACCGUCUUCCUGUUCCAAUUCCUCAACCCUCUUUUGACCAACAACGGCGAGUGCCACACUUACAACAAGUACCUGAGCGCCAUUCUGAUUGCAGUUUGCGGCAUUUCGUGUAUUAUCUCUUGCUUCACCGACAGCUACACGGGAAGCGAUGGGUCGACCCACUACGGGUUCGCCACGGCCAAGGGCAUCUGGCCUAGCUCGAGCUCGAGUAGCUCCACGAGCUCGUCGGGGUAUAAGCUUCGGUUUUCGGAUUUCGUCCACGCUUUCUUGUGUGUGAUCAUUUUCUUAAUUCUGGCAUUGUUGGACACGAACACCGUGAAGUGCUUCUAUCCGUCUUUCGAGAACACGGAGAAGACUGUGAUCAUGGUUCUGCCAACCGUGAUCGGCUCGAUCUCGAGCACGCUGUUCACGUUGUUCCCGAGCACGCGCAAUGGAGUCGGGUAUCCUUCAAGCAGUACCACCUCGACGACCAGUACUACCUCGGAGAGCAAUGCCGAGAAAGUUUGAUGAUACGCAGAAGCACAUAUGCAUGAUACGAUGCAACCAC